GAUACAUCUUCAACUAUCACUCACAAAUCUGCAAAACAAAAAAUGUGGCGAUCAAGAUUAUUAAGAUUCCGAUCAUCCCACACAAGAUCCUCUCAAUUGCACUCUAAGGUACACACUUUUCAAACCCUAACACCUACACAACAUUUCAGAUCCAUACCCUUAUUCCCACAAUCAAACGUCUUUAGAUUCUUUAGUUCCACCUCCACAGACUCAAUUACAGAUGUAGAAGAUAGUAAUAAUGCUGUAAUUCCUGAUAAAAAUCAUACCUUUAAUAUUGGGGAAAUCUGGAAUCAAGGUGUUGAUGAGGUUAAAAAUGUGUUCGAAACCGAAGCCUUCGAUUCGGAGAAUCCGAAUCCGGUGGAGUUAAAUCAUGAGGUUGAUGUAGAAGAAUUAGAUAGAGUGAUAACGCUUUUGAAGAGUGAGUUUAAUGGGUCGAUAGAGUCGAGUCUUGAUGAAAUGAAUUUGAAUUUGAGUGAAGAGUUUGUGGUGAGAGUGUUGGUAAGUGAAAAUGUUUCGGGGGAGCGUUUGAUUGAUUUCUUUAAGUGGGCUGCUGCUGGAGGUAGUAGUAGUAGUAAUGAACAAGUGUUUUCGGUUACGACGAGGUCGCUUGAUGUGCUUGUGAGAGCGGUUUCUGCGGAGAUGAAAAAGAAGGUUGCGUAUAAGUUGUGGGAUUUGGUUAAGGAGAUUGGCGAAAAGGGUGAUGGUGUUGUGAGUACUGAGGUGCUUAAUGCGUUGAUAUCGUUGUUUUCGAGGUUAGGUAAAGGGAUGGCUGGGUACGAGGUGUUUGACACGUUUGGAGACUUUUCUUGUGUGACGAAUGCGGAUUCGUAUUAUUUUACUAUUCAAGCUCUUUGUAGGCGAUCGAUUUUCGAUCGUGUUGGUUUGGUUUGUGAGAGGAUGGUUAGUGAAGGUAAGUUACCCGAAGCAGCAAAAGUCGGUGAUGUUAUAUAUUAUUUAUGCAAAGGUGGGAUGGUGAAAGAAGCUCGUUCCGUUUAUCUAUCAGCAAAAGAGACGCAACAAUACCCGCCGCAGCCGUCUGUUAACUUUUUAAUCAGUUCUCUUUGUGACCGGAAGAAGAACGACGCUGAUUCAGUUCACUUUGCGUUGAAGAUGUUGGACGAUAUAGAAACUAAGAAAUACGCAAUCAAGCAGUUUUCUUGUGUCAUCCAAGCGUUGUGCAGAGUUAACGAUAUCGAAGCGGCAAAAGCUUUGUUGUCCCGAAUGAUUGAUAAUGGUCCUCCGCCUGGAAAUGCGAUCUUUAACACCAUUAUCAACGCGCUUUCGAAGUCGGGAGAUAUGACCGAAGCUAUAAACGUAAUGAGGAUGAUGGAAAACAGGGGACUCAAGCCGGACGUGUUCGCUUACAGUGUGAUUAUGAGCGGGUACGCAAAGGGUGGUGAAAUGGAAGAAGCUUCCAAAAUGUUAACCGAGGCUAAAAAGAAUCACUGCAAGCUGACACCUGUCAUUUACCAUACGAUUAUUCGCGGGUAUUGUAAACUUGAGCAAUUCGGAAAGGCGGUGAAGUUAUUGGAGGAAAUGGAAGAGUAUGGGGUUCGGCCGAAUACUGACGAGUAUAAUAAAUUGAUUCAAUCUCUUUGUUUGAAAGCGGCUGAUUGGGUAAUGGCGGAGAAGUUAAUGGAGGAAAUGACGAAAAAGGGUUUGCAUCUGAACGGGAUUACAAAAUCGCUUAUAAGAGCGGUUAAGGAGUUGGAGGAAGAGGGAAAAGGGGCCAAAGAAGCGACUGUUGCAGCGUAAAGUUUUUGGUAGUUGAUCUCUACCAUGAAGCGUUUUGCGUUUAACCAUCAAACAAUAACGAGGGCACACAGUGUAUAAACACUUGACGUAUCUAAUGCUAUGUUGUCAAAGUCGCAAAGCGCAGGCGAGGUGCAUACAAUAAAAAGUUUAAAAAAUAAUAAAUUGUUUAAAAAAUGAAGGGGAAGCACUAGAGCAAAUUGUACUUAAGUUGAUGUAGUCGGUAACGUAUACAACAAAUUAUUAUUAUUAUUGUUUGUAAUUUUUAUUAUACUGUUUUGAUCACCUGGCCAUGGAAGGUGAGCUA